GAUGGAGUCGCUGAGUCGAGCUGGGCAGGAGAUGAGCUUAGCGGCUCUGAAGCAGCACGACCCCUACAUCACCAGCAUCGCAGACCUCACGGGCCAGGUGGCUCUGUACACCUUCUGCCCCAAGGCCAACCAGUGGGUUUUAUUUACACUUAGAACAAUCAUCCGUAAAUGUUUGGUGAAUUGGAUUUAUAAAUGACUGAUGUUCACACUUCAGUAGGAAACAUCCUUAUGCUAACAAAACAAUGAAAGAUUAUCAUCAUCGCACUUUCUUUACGAUCUAAUACAGGAGAAGACUGAUAUAGAAGGGACCUUAUUUGUAUAUCGAAGGUCAGCUUCACCUUACCAUGGUUUUACCAUUGUGAAUCGAUUGAAUAUGCACAAUCUUGUUGAACCAGUGAAUAAAGAUUUGGAAUUUCAGCUCCAUGAACCAUUUCUUCUGUAUAGAAAUGCAAGCUUGUCAAUAUACAGUAUCUGGUUUUAUGACAAGAAUGACUGUCACCGCAUAGCCAAACUCAUGUCUGAGGUGGUAGAAGAGGAGACACGGCGCUCCCAGCAAGCUGCACGGGAUAAGCAGAGUCCCAGCCAGGCCAACGGUUGCAGUGAGCACAGGCCCAUCGACAUCCUGGAGAUGCUCAGCCGAGCCAAGGAUGAGUAUGAGAGGAAUCAAAUGGGCGACUCAAAUAUCUCCAGUCCUGGGCUACAGCCAAGCACUCAGCUCUCCAAUCUGGGAAGCACCGAGACUCUAGAAGAGACGCCAUCCGGGUUACAAGAUAAGUCUGCUCCAUCAGGACACAAACACCUGACCGUGGAAGAAUUGUUUGGAACCUCUUUGCCAAAGGAACAGCCAACAGUUGUGGGUCUGGAUUCAGAAGAAGUAGAGAAGCUGCCAGGAGAUGCCCCUCAGAAAGAACUCAGCUCAUUCCUACCAUUUUCCUUUGAGCAGUCAGGAGGGACUCCUCGGUCAGAAAACCCGGGUGCCCAUCCCGCUGCCCACCACUCAGCCCAACCUGAAGUCACUGCCCCGGUGCUAAUCACUCCUGCCUCCAUCUCACAGUCCAAUGAAAAGCAGCUCCCAAGCUAUGCGAUCCCAUUGCACCCCGGGCUCAGCCCCACUCUACCAGCAGAAGCUCCUACUGUACAGGUUCCCCCCUGCUUACCCCGAAACACCACCAUGAUGCAGGCAGUGAAGACCACGCCAAGACAGAGGUCUCCACUCCUGGGUCAGUCAGUCCCCGAGCUGAGCCAUGCCAGUCUGACUGCCAGUCAGAGCCCCUUCAGGGCCCCUCUGAGCGUGACAAACACUGCUGGGACAACCCUCCCAAGUGUUGAUCUUCUCCAGAAACUCAGGUUGACCCCACAGCAUGACCAAAUACAGACACAGUCGCUUGGGAAGGGUGCAGUGGCACCCAGCUUUCCUCCAGCAGCUGGCCAGCUGGCCACACCUGAGAGCUUCAUAGAGCCUCCUCCUAAGACAGCAGCAGCAAGAGCCUCCACCGCCCUGAGCAACAUGGUGCUUGCUCCCCCUCAGGUUGCAGGUCCCCCCGUGGUUACUGCAACAACCGCUGUAGUGUCUUCAGUGCUGCUGUCCCCGAGUGUUUUCCAGCAGACAGUGACCAGGGCCACAGACCUGGAGAGGAAAGCAAGCUCCUCUUCGCCUCUGACAGUUGGAACGUCGGAAAAUCAGAGAAAGCCUUCCAUCAUUCUCAGCAAGUCUCAGCUCCAGGAUACGUUAAUACAUCUAAUUAAGAAUGACUCCAGCUUCCUCAGUACACUUCAUGAAGUCUACUUGCAGGUUCUGACCAAGAACAAGGACAACCACAACCUAUGACUGGAGCAGAAACCAGCCUGAAAACAGAAUGUCAACCUCAGAAACAAACAGGCCUCAUCAUGAGAACUUCUGAACAGAACAUGGAGUUCCUAGAAUCCUGAAAUUGAGCCUUUGAGAAAGAGACUCAUCCUUAAGAAUGUUUCCCAAGUGACGUUCUCAGUGAUAAUGGAGGUUUCACUGUGAAGCAUCACCAGCAGCCCUUUGUUUUGACAAAAAAAAAAAAAAAAAUAGACCAUUGUGUUAAGUUGUGUGGGUGUUUUCAUCAGCUGUAAGCACCUGUGAAAUAAGGAGUCUUGAGUUUCAACUGCUUUCGCUUUUGAAGUCUUAGGGAGGAGGGUCCCCAGCCUUGCUGCAGUCAGAGUUCAGCCCAGCCUGCCCCCCCCCCUCCUCUUUCCCCCCAGGAACGUGAGCAUCAGGCUGAGAGUCAAGUUUGAGCAGCGCAGAAGCCAGCUCUGUGCAAUGUCGUUUCCAGUUGUAAGCAUCAGAAUUUAAAUGGGCAAGUUAGGACUGGUUUGUUCAAGUGAAGUAUAUCUUAUAUGAGUGCUCCAUUUGGGCCUUUAAAGUCCUGAAAAUUGUGUUUUGUUUUUAAGAGUCCUUAGUGCUGACAUGCAGCAGGUUCGUUCCCAUAUGGUGGCGAGAGAGCAGGCACGUCACACCUCUGAAGCAAAGGCUGAGGCUGGUAAAGCUCAAAUUCUAUCAGAAAUCUUCACUUUAAGUUAAACUCUCCAGUGGUUUUGAAAACGUUACAUUUGUGUGUGAAGCAUAGCCUUAUUUUCCUUUUCUGUGUAAACACAGAGGUCUUUGUUGAUUGUUUUCCUUAACACUUUGACAAAGGACCAGUGGACCAAUCUGACAAAGCCAUUCUGGUUCCAUUCCUCGAGUCUACUGAGAAUAAUGUUGAAGCUAUGCAGAAAAGGGAGCUGUUACUCACACUGCCCUUACCUUACUGUAGUAUACGGAGCUCAAGCAAAGCAAAUUCAGAACUUUACCAAUGUAUUCAGGCUGUGAGUACUUUUGCAGCCAAAGUGUGAAAAUAUGUAAAGAUGCUUUGUUAUGCUGCUAUUAAUCUGCCAGGAUUUAUAUUUAUUUUAUGGCAUGUAAUGGUGAUUAGUAAUAUUUUAAUGUAGAUUUGGGUUUAUUUCAGCAAUAGUAAUUUUAAGAUAUUCUUUGAAUGAAAGUGUUUUUGUUUCUAUGAUACAGGUCAUUUUGUAGUAUUUAACCAAUUAAGAUGCACUGCUUACUUUUCUGAGCACUAAUGAUUGGGUAAAAACCCUAGUGGCUCAGCCGGCUAGCAUAAGGAUUAGCUGUGAAUAAUGCUGACAGAUAUGAUAGUUCCUCGGGAGCAAUCAGUUAAGCUUUAAUGGUAACUCAGUCAUAAACCCAUAGAUUUUGUUUCCUAGUUGAGAUUUUAGAAAAUUACCUGUGAAUUGCAUACUUGUUUUAGUUUGGUCUUAGUUUUUUAGCAUAAAGAAUGCUUUGUUUGAUUGGCUUUAUUCAUCUAAACAUGCUUCUCUGGCAACUUUUCUGCUUCUCAAUUUAGUGUCUUCUAUUGCAUCUACUUAGUUAUUUGUGAAUUGUGCAAAAGUCAGGAAAACUUAUAAGUUCUCAUACUCAAUUAGGAAUAGUUUGUUUUCAAAGGUAGUGUGUAAGUUCAGCAACCAAAAAUGAAUUGCUGGUGUAUCACAGGGAAAGGGAAAGUUACAGUAGGAUACAGAGAGUUACUGACACCAGGAGACUGUCCACGGAGCCACACGACUGUUCUCAGAAAACAGUUGCACCAGUAGGUUUGAUCUCACCCAAGAGUAGUCUCAGUGGGCUUUGGUAAGCAGAAGAAUCAAGGGAUUCUGGUUAUAAUUAGUAGACAUUAGAAUUGACAUGGUGAUUUGAGUAUGUAUAAUAUUAGGAGAGUUAAGAGAGAAUAACCUAAGAGGGUCUGUAAUCAAAUCUGUUCAUUUUCACCCUUUAACCCAAGGGAAUAAAUAUGAUAGAUGGAAAAGAGAAUCUGUGAUAAGGUUUCCUUAAUGUGAACGUAAAUUUUAAGUGCCCAAGUCAUGGAGAUUUGAAAAGGUGAUGCCUGUUUCAACUCCCAAAUUUAAAUAUUCAAAGCAUGUAUUUAAAGUUCAGAAGCCAGAACUUCACCAUUAUGAUUACCUGGAAGUUUGGGCCAGAAUGAGUUCCUAAGAAAGUCGGGCCAAGCCUGGAUAGUUGCAGUUAGAUGAUCCUGGCCCAGAAGUCCGUUCAGUUGCCUUAUUCCUUUCAGGCUCACUGUCCAGAACCUCGUGCUAGCUUGGGUUGCGUGUUUACAUUGCUACCGUGUCUUUUCUGGAACCUUAGUUGAAUUGUAAUGGACACCAAAACAGAGAGGCUUCUUGCUAGGUUUUGCAGGGGUGACCGCUCUCCUGUUGUGGUUAAUGUGCUGUUUUGAAUGGACUCCCAGACGACCUUACUCCUUUAGGCAGAAGCUCCUCCUCACUGUGCCUCUCCUGAGAUUUGUAAGGUGUGGCUUGGAAUCCUAUGUUUUCAAAUGACGGUCAGUGUCAGGAGAAGCAUUCCGUGCCAUCUGCAUGUGAGUGUCCACAGCUUUCCUUCUGAGGCUUUGGGUCACCGUCAGUGGUGUUUGAAGAGCCAAAGGUGACCAGGGUCCUCCUCUGCCUGAGGAUGCGCAGGCUUUGUGUGGGCUAUGUCUGUCCCAAUUUUGCAUGUCAAGCAUUUGUUCCUUUUCCACCUAUGUUUUCCUAUAAAAAUUGUAAACCCCAUCAAAUCCUCUAGUUAAAUAUUUUUAAACAAUGCAGCUUUAUUACUCUCCUCCCCAAAGAAUGUAGUUGGAAAUUUUCUCAUUUUGGUAGUAGAGGCCAUAACUGCCAUUGUAUUACUAAUAAUGCAACAUGAAAUUGAAGGUGCCUAACUGCUUAAAGAAACAAAAUCAGCCAUCAUACUGUAACUCUGGGCAAAUGCAGAAACACGGAGGAAUGAGAGGCGGUGCAGGCACGCGUGGGCCCAGUCCGCGUGAGUGAAGACCAGGAACCACAGGGACGUGUGUCCUGCAUUCUCGCUGCACAUUUGCUGUUGAGCAUGUGUUUCUCUCUUACCUGUCUUUGGUUUUCUUCGCUUGUAUUCAAAGUACCUUGUGCCCUGUGUUUUCAGGUGCCUAAAAUGUUAAGAUCUGCACCAAGUAAAGCAACUAACACUGGGCUUUUUGAACGCUGUGUUCCUGAGUGUGCUGGGGCCUCAAGGAGCCUGUUUUUCAGCAAGAGAGAUGUGUGCAAUGUUUCACUUGGUUUUAUAUUUGAUUUGAUAUCUUCGUUAAAUGCUGAGAUGCAAUAUUGUUCACUUAGAGUGGGGAAGAUGCAAGAUUGUGUUUCCCUUUUACCUGUGUGGUUCUGUGUUCUAAAUGGUUUUUAUUCUGUACCACCGCUUUGGCCACGUGGCUCUCAUGACUUUCAGUGUCCCAGAGUCCCAGCUCCCCGAAACAUUGUGGGGGAGGGGAGCUCUGGAAUUACAGCAAGAUUUUUGUUCCUUGAGCGCAAUACUGCAUCAUUAACAUUUUUAAUGGUAUGAAUUUUAUACCAUCUGUGUAUGUUUGCAAAUAUUAAGUUAUUACAUGUUUUCAAAUGAGCAUUUUUCAUCCUAAAUUUUAUAUGUUUGCAAAUAUAUUUUUUUAAUAAAAGUUCGAAACCAAGUUUUACCACCUAA